AUGAGCCGCGCGGGGGUUACAGUCACCGGCGUCAGUCGUGGUCCAAACCCCCCCGCCGACCGGGGCUCCUGUUCUGACAAGUCGUGUCUCCGGACCCCCUCCAUGAAGAGGAGACCCACCGAGCUGGGGGCCGAGGGCAAGAAGGACACCGGCAUGCUGAAGUACAUCCGCAACCAGGUGCUGAGCCUGUCGCCGGCCCCCCUGUCCCUGCUGAUCAAGGCGGCCCCCAUCCUGACGGACGACAUGUACGGAGACAUCCAGCCCGCUGCCUGGGAGCUAAUGCUCAGCGUGGACGAGCACAUGGCCGCCGCCGCAGCGGCCAUGUUCCUGCUGUGUGCGGUGAAGGUCCCUGACGUGGUGACGGAGAUGAUGAUGGCCGAGUUCCACCACCAGGAGGCGUGCCAGCGCAUCAACUCCGUCCUCAAGUUCUACACGCUGUGGCGCUUCCGCUACCAGGUGUGGCCGCGCAUGGAGGAGGGCGCCCAGCAGAUAUUCAAGAUCCCACCUCCCAGUAUAAACUUCACCCUGCCCUCCCCCAUCCUGGGCAUGCCCUGUGUGCCCAUGUUCGACCCCCCCUGGGUGCCCCAGAACACCGGCAGCGUCCAGGACCCGAUCAACGAAGACCAGUCUAAGUCGUUCUCGGCGCGGGCGGUGUCGCGCUCCCACCAGCGGGCGGAGCACAUCCUGAAGAACCUGCAGCAGGAGGAGGAGAGGCGGCGGCUGGGCCGCGAGGCCAGCAUCAUCUCGGCCAUCCCCGUGGUGCAGGAGGCCUGCUACGAGCCCACCUGCAGCCCCCCGCCCGAGCAGGAGGAGGAAGCAGAGGACGGAGGGAACCUGGCGUCACGCCGUCUGUCCGUCAGCCCGUCCUGCGCCUCCAGCACCUCCCACCGCAACUACUCCUUCAGACGGGGCUCCGUGUGGUCGGUCCGCUCCGUGGUCAGCGCCGAAGACGAGGAGAACCUGACGGAGCACACCCCCACCCACCACACGCUGCAGCCGCCGCAGGCCGUGUUCCCAGCAUGCAUCUGUGCCGCCGUAUUACCCAUAGUGCACCUGAUGGAGGACGGCGAGGUGCGGGAGGACGGGGUGGCAGUGAGUGCGGUGGCUCAGCAGAUCUUGUGGAACUGUCUGAUAGAAGACCCCGCCCUCGUCCUCAGACACUUCCUGGAGAAACUGACCGUCAGCAACAGACAGGACGAGCUGAUGUACAUGCUCAGGAAGCUCCUCCUGAACAUCGGAGACCUCCCGGCGCAGACCUCCCACAUCCUCUUCAACUACCUGGUGGGCCUCAUCAUGUACUUUGUGCGCACGCCGUGCGAGUGGGGCAUGGAUGCCAUCUCGGCCACGCUGACCUUCCUGUGGGAGGUGGUGGGCUACGUGGAGGGGCUCUUCUUCAAGGACCUGAAGCAGACCAUGAAGAAGGAGCAGUGUGAGGUCAAGCUGCUGGUCACCGCCUCCAUGCCAGGCACCAAGACUCUGGUGGUGCACGGCCAGAACGAGUGUGACAUCCCCACACAGCUGCCCGUUCACGAGGACACCCAGUUCGAAGCCUUGCUCAAGGAAUGUCUGGAGUUCUUCAACAUUCCCGAGGCGCGGUCGGCUCACUACUUCCUCAUGGACAAACGCUGGAACCUCAUCCACUACUCCAAGACCUAUGUGAGGGACAUCUAUCCGUUCAGGAGGUCUGUGUCCCCCCAGCUCAACCUGGUCCACAUGGUCCCGGACAAAGGCCAGGAGCUGAUCCAGAAGCAGGUGUUCUCCCGUAAGCUGGAGGAGGUGGGCCGGGUGCUGUUCCUCAUCUCCCUGACCCAGAACAUGCCUCCGGCCCACAAGCAGUCCCACGUGUCGCUGCUCCAGGAGGACCUGCUCCGCCUGCCCUCCUUCCCCCGCACCGCCAUCGACGCAGAGUUCUCCCUCUUCAACGAGCCGCAGGGCAAGGAGCUGUUUGGGCUGGACACGCUCCACAAGGUGCUGUGGAUCAAGCUGCUGGAGGAGAUGUUCCUGGGCAUGCCCAGUGAGUACCCCUGGGGCGACGAGAUGAUGCUCUUCCUCAACGUGUUCAACGGCGCACUGCUGCUGCACCCCGAGGACAGUGCCCUCCUCAGGCAGUACACCGCCACUGCAAUCAACACCGCCGUGCACUUCAACCACCUCUUCUCCCUGAGCGGCUACCAGUGGAUACUGCCCACCAUGCUACAGGUGUAUGCCGACUACGAAAGCAACCCUCUGCUACGUCAGGGGAUGGAGUUCUGCUGCCGGCAGUUCUACGUCCUCCACCGCAAACCCUUCGUCCUGCAGCUGUUCGCUAGCGUAGCGCCGCUGCUCGAGUUCAGCUCCAGCACCACCACCGGGCUGAACAAGGGGGUGUCGGCCCAGUGCCUGUUCCACCUGCUGCUGAGCCUCGAGAGGGAGGGGCCCGACACCCUGGACGCCCUGCAGCUGGUGAGGGCCGACAAGCCCCUCCACUCUCUAGACUUCUGCUACGGCAGCGAGGACCUGUGCUUCUCCCUCACCGACGCCAUCAAGCUCUGUGUCACCGUGGUGGCCUACGCCCCCGAGUCCUUCAGGAGCCUCCAGAUGCUGAUGGUGCUGGAGGCGCUGGUGCCGUGCUUCCUGCAGAAGCUGAAGAGCAACACGGUCACCAUGGAGACCGCCUCCGCCGCCAGGGACGAGAUCGCCGCCAUCGCCGCCCUGGCAACGUCCCUGCAGGCCCUGCUGUACAGCUCAGAGGCCCUCACCAGGCCCAUGACGGCCCCCCAGCUGUCCCGCUGUGACCAGGCCCACAAAGGGGCCACCACCACCAACCACGCCAUGGCAGGAGGGGCCAACACCAGGGACAACCUGCACCUCCUGGAGGAGGGCCAGGGCCUCCCCAGGGAGGAGCUGGACGAGCGCCAUGCGCGGGAGGAGUUCCGGCGGCCCCGCGAGGCGCUGCUCAACGUCUGCACCGAGUUCUACAAGCACUGCGGCCCCCGCCUCAAGAUCCUGCAGAACGUGGCCGGGGAGCCGCGCGUCACCGCCCUGGAGCUGCUCGACAUCAAGUCCCACAUGAGGCUGGCGGAGAUCGCCCACGCCCUGCUGAAGCUGGCGCCCUACGACACGCUGACCAUGGAGAGCCGCGGGCUGCGGCGCUACGUCACCGAGAUGCUGCCCAUCACCGACUGGUCGGCGGAGGCCGUGCGGCCCGCCCUCGUCCUCAUCCUCAAGCGCCUGGACCGCAUGUUCAACAAGAUCCACAAGAUGCCCACGCUCAGGUGCGCUCGCCCCCAAGCCCUCUGCUCCAGGAGACAGGUAGAGUGGGAGGCGGCCAGCAGUCUGAUUGAGGGAAUCUGUCUGACGCUGCAACGACAGCCAAUCAUCUCCUUCCUCCCCCACCUCCGGUCACUGAUCAACGUCUGUGUUAACCUGGUGAUGGGGGUGGUGGGUCCCUCCAGUGUAGCAGACGGUCUUCCUCUGCUCCACCUCAGCCCCUACCUCUCCCCCCCGCUGCCCUUCAGCACGGCCGUGGUGCGCCUGGUCGCCCUGCAGAUACAGGCCCUGAAGGAGGACUUCCCCCUGGGUCAUGUGAUCUCCCCGUUCACCAAUCAGGAGCGUCGGGAGGGCAUGCUGCUCAACCUGCUCAUCCCGUUCGUCCUGACCGUGGGCUCCGGGAGCAAAGACAGCCCCCACCUGGAGGGCCCCGAGGUGUUCCUGCUGCUGCAGACGGUGCUCAACAUCCUGCUGCCCCCCCGCGUCGUCUCCACCUCCCGCACCAAGAGCUUCAUGCUGGACGCCUCCCCCGCCCACUGCUCCACCCCCGGGGACAAGGACCUCCGGAGGGAGGGCCUGGCCGAGAGCACCAGCCAGGCCGCCUACCUGGCCCUGAAGGUGGUGGUGGUGUGCUUCGAGCGGGCCCUGGGGGGCCACUGGUACCGUCUCAGCCUGCAGGUGAAGGAGAUGGCCCUGAGGAAGGUGGGGGGGCUGGCCUUCUGGGACUUCAUCGACUUCAUCGUCCGCACGCGCAUCCCCAUCUUCGUGCUGCUCAGGCCCUUCAUCCAGUGCAAGCUCCUGGCCCAGCCCGCCGACUCCCAGGAGGAGAUCACGGCGCGCCACCACAUCGCCGACCAGCUGGAGCGCCGCUUCAUCCCGCGGCCGCUCUGCAAGAGCUCGCUGUUCGCCGAGUUCAACAACGAGCUGAAGAUCCUCAAGGAGGCCGUGCACAGCGGCUCAGCCUACCAGGGCAAGACGUCCAUCAGCACGGUGGGCACGUCCACCUCGGCCUACCGCCUCAGCCUGGCCACCAUGUCGCGCUCCAACACCGGCACGGGGACGGUGUGGGAGCAGGGCAGCCAGCCGUCACGCCAGCCCUCCCAGGACACCCUCAGCCGCACGGACGAGGACGACGAAGAGAAUGACUCCAUCAGUAUUCCCAGUGUGGUCAGUGACCACGAGGUGUUCCUCCCCCGUGUGACGUCACAGCGCCGCUUCUCCAGCCACGCCACAGGCUCCGCCCCCUCGCCGGCCGAGCCCCCGCGCACCGCCACCCUGCUGCCCAGCCACAGUGAACCCAAUGUGCUCGACGAAUCCCAGGCUCUGCUGCAGGAGAGUAACCUCACUAGGGUGGCCAGUGUUCAGAGUGAGCCCGGCCAGCAGAACCUGCUGAUCCAGCCUCCGUUGGGACGGAAGAGAGGACUGAGACAGCUCCGGCGCCCUCUGCUGUCCAUCCCUAAGAACGAGCCCAGGGGUCGGUCGGGGGCUCGACUGUCCACCACCCGGAGGAGCGCCCAACCCAAGGCCAGCACCCUGGAGACUUUAUUGGACUGUGAAGCCCACAGCGACCAGAAGAGGUCGGUGACCUUCACGGAGGCCGAGGUCGCCACCGGGGACACAGACCCCCCGCCCGCCGCCCCAGGCCACGCCCCCAGCCCCGCUCCCAGCUCCAGGUCCCCCACCCUGGAGGUCCCCUCCCCCCCCGCCACCGUCACCGCCGACCUCCACGUCCCCGCCAUCGUACAGGUUCCCCCCUCCGCCAGCAGCAAAGAGAAGAGAGACCAGUGGGGCCUCCGGUGCAGUCUCUCCCCCCCUCCUCACCCCUCCUCCAUCUCCCGGCCCUCCACCCCCACCCCCCCCUCCCGCUCGCCCCUCCCUCUCUCCCGCACCUGCUCCCCGCUGCCCCCGCCCCCCCUCCCCGUGCUGGGGACGGCCCCCGCCCCGGGGCCGCCGCCCCCUCCUCCCCUCCCUCCCCCCGCGCUGCUGCGGGAGAGCCCGGGGGACGAGGACACGCGGGCGCUGCUGCGGGGUAGCCAUGACGACGAGGACGACGGCACCGAGAACCCCCUGCUGACGCCGCUGCUGGCCCCGCCCACCUCCGCCCGCCGGUCGCCACGGCGAUGCCCCCUGCCACUGUCCCCUGUCGACCUGGACCUGGACGAGUCCCAUGUCUGA